CGCCCUAGAAAGUUUGGUUUAGAUAUGGACAUUAGAUGGAAUUCUACCUUUCUCAUGCUUAAGCAUCUUAUCCCAUACAGAAGUACUUUUUCUGUGUUUAUUGAUACUCACUACAAGCAGGUUACAGGUCAGACCUUACUAACAGACGAUCACUGGUAUGUUGCUGAAAAAAUUUUACUAUUCCUUGAGUUGUUCUAUGAUUCUACUGUUGAAUUAUCUGGAGUUUAUUAUCCCACUGCACCUCUUAUGCUACAUCAUAUUGGUAGUAUUGCUAAGCAUUUGAAAACUUAUGAGAAUGAUGAUUUGAUUGGUCAUGCAGUGAUUCCUAUGAAACAAAAGUUUUUUAAGUACUGGAAAAAAAUACCCUUGCUGUACUCAAUUGCCUUUAUAUUGGAUCCUAGAUGCAAGAUGAGAGGUUUUAAUAAAGUUUUAAACCUUCUUAGUCAAUUUACUGAUGUUGAUUAUUCCAAUUACUAUGAUAAUGUGCGUGCUGAGUUAACUAGAAUUUUUUGCAAGUAUGAAACAAAGUUUGGUGCAGUUCGUUUACAGCGACAAAGCCAACAAGCAUCAAGUGUUACUGGAAAGAAGAGACUAUUGUUUGAAAUGAUGUAUGGUGAUGGUUCUGAAGUCAUUGAGCCAUCAACCUCCACAGCGUUUGAAUCUCAAGGUUCUGAGUUGGUAACGUACCUUGAAAGUGAGACGGUUCACCAAUAUGAUGAUGAAUUCAACAUUCUUAAUUGGUGGCAAAUUCACAAGCGUAUAUACCCGGGUCAUUGAGGAGCGGCGGCGACGUUUGACAAGUGAUAUGGUCGAGAUUUUGUCUUGCUUGAAGGAUUGGGAGCUUGGAGCAGCUAGGGCGCAACACAAUUUGGUGGACUAUGAAGUGGAGAAUGCCUUCGAAAAUCUGUACCUAGAUGAGGAUUGAAGAAUGC